GAGGAAUACUCUGUAAGAUCUCACACUUUGUCUUCAGACAACCAUUGGAGAUUUCACAGUGCGGACCGACCAACGGAUCCAUCCAAUCCUAAGAAAUCUGUGAGCCAAGAAGGACCUUAUACAGGGGAGAGCUCGUUCUCAUGUUUGGGGUGUCGGAAAACCUUCAAGAGGAAACCUGAAUUUCUUAAACAUCUCAAAUCUCACACCAGUGCAACCUUUUCAUGUUCCGAGUGCGGGAAAUCCUUCACUGAGAAAAAAGUAUUUGUCGUACACCAGAGAAUUCACACCGGCAAGCGGCCUUAUUCGUGUUCGGAGUGCGGGAAGUGUUUCACUGAGAAGGGAAACAAGCGAAUACACACGGGCGAGCGUCCUUAUUCAUGUUCUGAUUGUGGGAAAGGUUUCACUCAGAAAGGGGCCCUUGUUAUACACCAGAGAAUUCAUACUGGCGAGCGUCCUUUUAUAUGCUCAGAAGCCCUUCUUACACAUCAGAGAAUUCACAUGAGCGAACCUCCUUAUUCAUGUUCAGAGUGCGGGAAAUGUUUCACUCAGAAAAGAAGCCUUCUUAGACACCAGAGAAGUCAUACUGGUGAACGUCCUUUUUCCUGUUCAGACUGUGGAAAAUGUUUCACCCAGAAAGAACAUCUUAUUACACACCAGAGGAGUCACACGGGUGAACGUCCUUUUUCAUGUUUAGAGUGCAGGAAAUGUUUCACUGAGAAAAGAGCUCUUCUUAUACACCAGAGAAGUCAUAUGAGUGAACCUCCAUUCUCAUGUUCAGAGUGCGGGAAAUUUUUCACCGAGGAAAGAGGACUUGUUAUACACCAGAGAAUUCACACAGGGGAGCGUCCUUAUUCGUGUUCAGAGUGCGGGAAAUGUUUUACUCAGAGAUCACACCUGCUUAGACACCAGAGAACUCACAAGGGGGACCGUCCUUAUUUAUGUCCAGUUUGCGGGAAAUGUUUCACUCAGAAAGAAAAUCUUAUUACGCAUCAAAGAAGUCACACAGGCGAGCGUCCUUUUUCAUGUUCAGAGUGCGGGAAAUGUUUUACAAACAAAGGAAAUCUCCUUACACACCAGAGAAGUCACACGGGUGAGCGUCCGUUUGCAUGCUCAGAGUGCGGGAAAGGUUUCUCUAGUAAAAUGUACCUCAUCAUACACCAGAGAAUUCACACCGGGGAGCGUCCCUUUGCAUGCUCAGAGUGUGAGAAAAGUUUCACUAACAAAGCAAGCCUCCUUUUACACCAGAGAAUUCACACGGGUGAGGGCCUGCAUUCGUGUUCAGAGUGUGGGAAACUUUUCACUCUUAAAACAAAUCUUCUUAUACACCAGAGAACUCACACAGGUGAGCUCCCGUUUUCAUGUUCAGAGUGCGGAAAAGGUUGCACUAGCAAAGCAUACCUCCUUACACACCAGAAAAUUCACACAGGUGAGCGUCCUUAUUCAUGUUCAGAGUGCGGGAAAUCCUUUGUCAACAAAGGAAUGCUUCGUAGACACCAUCAAAUUCACACAGGUGAGCGUGCAUACUCAUGUUCAGAGUGCGGUAAAGGUUUUAUUACAAAAGAAAAUCUUAUUGUACACCAGAGAAAGCACACAGGAGAGCGACCUUAUUCCUGUUCAGAGUGCGGGAAAUGUUACAUCGACAAAAAAACCCUUGUUCUGCACCAGAAAUCUCACACAGGAGAGCGCCCAUAUUCAUGUUCAGAGUGCGGGAAAUCUUUUGCCCGGAGUGCGCACUUGCGUAAUCACCAGAAAAUUCACACAGGUGUGCAGCCUUUUUCGUGUUCAGAGUGCGGGAAAUCUUUUGCCGACAAAGGCAAUCUCCGUAGACACCAGAUAACUCACACCAAAGAGUAUCCGUUUUCAUGUUCAGAGUGUGGGAAAGGUUUUGCCGACAAAAGAGCGCUUCUUUCGCACCUGAGAACUCACACAGGGGAACGACCUUAUCCGUGUUCAGAGUGCGGGAAAAGUUAUAUGGACAAAGGAAACCUCGUUAGGCACCAGAAGACUCACACGGGCAAAUGUUCUUAUUCAUGUCUAGAGUGCGGGAAAGGUUUCUAUCAGAAAGAGCAUUUUCUUAUACACCAGAGGAGCCACACGGGUGAACGUCCUUAUUCAUGUUCAGAGUGCGGGAGAUGUUUCAGUGAAAAAGGAAGCAUGCUCAGACACAUGAAAAUUCACACAGGGGAGCGUCCUUAUUCCUGCUCAGAGUGUGGGAAAACGUUCAUUAACAAAGGAAAUCUAACUAAACACCAGAGGACACACACCCACUAA